CCUCUCGCUCACCCACUUUCAUGGGUCCAAACUGGAACAGAAGAUUUCUUCCCUUUUUCCGCGGAACAGACAACGCAUUCAGUAGCAAUUGCCCUUUAGGAGCCAAUGGCCACUUGGAAGGCGGGUUUCGUUGGAACCAAAACAUCAGCUGUCAAUGGUCCGGGAGAGAAGGCUUUGGGGAAUGAACUUGGAUCAAUUAUUGUGGUUUGUCUUGUAUGAUGAUCCCUUUGCAUCAUCAUCCCCGCCAUCAGUCGUCUUGGCUUAGGUGGUUCUAUCAGUUGAAGAAUUCUAGAAAUCCCAAUCGGUAUUACUUCUUCAGUGUGAUAUGCGCCAUAGUGUUGUCAUUGCCAUUCUUGUUUGUCAUCGAAAAUGCGUCUUGGACGCGGAAGAACUCUAGAGAUAUGCGGGUUUACGUCAAACCGGAGGAAAUCACGACAAUAGCUCACCCAAGUACUCUUCAUAGUUAUUCUCACAUGUUGGAGGUUGUGAUUGCCAUUCAUUCCCAUCCAAACAAUUUCGACGAGAGAGAUGCCAUUCGACAUAUGUGGAUGCAUCAUGCCAUUGCCACAGGAAAAAUUGCUGUGAUAUUUUGUAUCGGAAAAAGCCCCGAACGGCAUGGUUCCAUCAAUACCAGGGUUCUAAAAGAGUCAGAUGAAUUCGGGGACAUCUUAUUGGAAGACUUUAUCGAUACAUACGAUAAUCUCACCAUUAAAUCCACCUUAAUGCUCAAAUACUUUCAUAACAAUGAUAUUGGUACCAAAGUGAUCUUCAAGGUUAGAAAAAAUGGACUCGUUCGCAGAAAAGGCUUAUUAACCAUUUACCACUUACAGGCGGAUGACGACGUGUUUGUUAAUCCCACCGAGCUUCUCCGACAAGUUCGAUAUUGGAGUUAUGCCACCGAUGGGUUCCAAAAAGUGAUGUUUGGGCAUGCAUAUAACUCACCCCCGAUUCGUCUCACCACGAUAUUUGCUCCACAGAAAAAAUGGAUCAUGCCUCGAUGGAUGUAUCCAGAGGAUCUCUACCCCACGUACCUGAGUGGAUCCGGGUACAUAAUCCCGUCUUCAGAAAUAACUUGUCUCUAUGAAGCGGCGUUAGAAACCCCUUUGGUGUACCUUGAAGACGUAUUUGUAACGGGGAUCCUGGCCGAAACUUGUGGUAUCCGACGGCAACACAACGAGUUCUUCCUACCCAAUAAACGAUCUCCAUGUUUGCUCAACGAUUCCAACUUCAUUUUAGCUCACGGAAUCAAACUCAAAGACAAGGAGAUCAUACAAGAAAUCCUAACAUUUGGAUACAGUGAACACUGUUGA